AUGCCCGCAGAUGACAGAUCCAUCCACGAGGAAGAGUCCGUCUCACUAGGUACAGAGGAUGCUGUUGACGACACGGAGGAUCUUGAUGACGAAUAUGUUGAGAUUCAGAAGACCAUCUCCAACUCCCGUCGCCAAAAGGGCAAGGAUGUCGACAUAAAAGUCCAGGACAUUCUGCCAUUUCCCUUUCUACCGAACAUUCGACCAUUAACUGUCUCGGAUAUCGACAGCUGCGUUGCAUUAGAAAAUGCUGCAUUCGCCGAUCCGCAUCAUCGAUGCUCGCGUGAGAAGUUUGAAUACCGAUUGUCCAGCUGUCCUGAGCUUUGUAUGGGUAUUUUCUGCACAGUCUCGCCCGGGAGCGCCAAGGGUUGGGAAAUCGAGACAUGCCGCACAGCGAAACCGGUCGAAACUGGUCGAGAUGAUGGUUCGGUCAGUGUGCUAUUUGCCCACAUCGUUGGAACCAGAUGCUGUGGUGAGGUCGUUACGGAUAGUGACAUGGGCUACCCCAGCGACUUCCGCACCGCCAAGACAGGCAGUUCGAAUAUCGGCCACCUGGAAGAUGGUCGAACUGUUGCCAUCCACUCGUUGGCCGUUCAUCCUAAGCUUCAGGGUUGCGGACUAGGCAAACUUAUCAUGAAGGCAUACAUGCAGCAGAUCAACAACUCCGGCACAGCAGAUCGUAUUGCAUUGAUUGCACAGAGCUAUCUUGUGAACUACUAUAUACGUUUUGGUUUCGUUCACAGGGGUGAGAGCUCGGCUACAUUUGGAGGAGGAGGAUGGCAUGAUUUAAAUAUCACAUUGGCAGGCCCAGCGGGUCCGCCCAAGAAGUAG